UCUGAAGAAUAGAAAGAGUUUAGAUGCCUUUCUUAACGCUGACAGAUCAAAAUGGAUUAUAAAUAUCAGCGACAAGCAAAUUCCGGUUGAAAUAAAGAACUUCUUGAGUCUAGGCGAAGGUUUCGGCCUGCCAAUCAGUCAAACUCAAAAAAGAGAUCGUGAGUGCUCGACUCUUGAAAUAAUUAAAAGUUUCGAAGUUAAUUGCUACAAAAUACCAGAUGAGAUGAUCGAGUCCACUAGAUCGUCGUUGGCAAGCUCAUUACACACUUUUUUGAACCGUAGCACACACAUGAAUUUCAUGGACAAAUAUUUUCUCAAAGAGUUUGACAGAUGCAGGAAGUUUUUACGUGACAACGAUGAUGUCUUCGUAACAAGAGCUGAUAAGGGACAAGUCACUGUCAUUAUGGACAGAGACGACUACAACAAACGUAUGACAGAAAUGCUUAACGACCAAUCAACUUACAAACAAGUUAAAAAAGAUCCGACUAAAUUAUUAACUUCUAAACUUAAUUCUCUCAUUAAAACAUGGCGUAACGAAGACAUCAUCGACAAUCAGGAUUAUUGGAGACUAAAUUGUACGAACGGAAAUCUUCCCAGAUGUUACGGGCUGCCAAAGAUUCAUAAAGCUGGUUUUCCACUACGCGUGAUAGUCUCAUCGAUUGGUAGCCCACUAUAUGGUUUAGCGUGCUUUAUACAUGACAUCCUCCAACAAUCUAUUAAAAAACCGUGUUCUCACAUAAAAGAUAGUUGGACUCUAGCGAAUAUUAUUAAGGGCAAAAAAAUCAACACCAAUGACAUCCUUAUCUCACUUGACGUCACAGCUCUCUUCACUAAUAUCCCGCGUGAACUCGUACUUGAGGGCAUGAAAAAGAGAUGGAAUGAGAUAAGAAAGAAAACCAGACUUAAUCUUGCUCAGUUUUUACACGCUGUUACAUUUGUAUUAGAAUCAACAAGCUUUCAAUUUAACAACACUUUCUAUGAACAAAUCUAUGGCAGCCCCAUGGGAUCACCACUCUCUCCGAUUUUAGCAGAUAUUGUUAUGGAGGACCUUGAGACCCAUU